UAGGUUGACGUCGACAUGAGUGAGAAUGAUAACUUACGUAACGCUCUGUUUCUCACCUUUUUCAAACCAAAAAAAAAAAAAAAAAAGUAGAAGAAGAAAGCUAGAACUGAACUUAAAAAGCUAAGUAAGCCACUCUACUCUCUCUUACUACUUGAGAAUAUCUAGAAACAAUGGAGUCCGGGUCGGGCUUGGAUCCGAGUAAGAGCAAAGGAAGCGGCAGUGGCGAGGGGAAGUUCGGUGCUUUCUUGAAGAGAGUAGAACCCUUCUUACCGAGAAAGGAGCUGAACCCGGUAGAGCUAAGAUCUUGGGCCAAGAAAACCGGUUUUGUCUCCGACUACUCCGGCGAAACCAGCACCAAGCUCGGUGAGACUGAGAGCUCUGCUUUUGAUUUGCCAAAAGGCAGAGAUCAUCAGACAGAUCGAGCGUCGUCUCGUCAAACCGAUCUCGACCCGAUACUGGGCCGAAGCAGACGAUCCGAUAUCGGAUCUGAUCCCGAGUCUAAACCGGGUUCUAUAGAGGAAGAGAGAGGAUCAAACCGGAACGAGGCGGCUGAGACACCGUUGGAGAAUGAAGGCGGGAAGAUCAGUAGAGAUUUGGAGAAUGGGUGUUACUAUCCAGGAGGUGGAGAAGGAGAAGGUGGAGGUUGGCCUAAGCCCAUUGUAAUGAAGUAUGGUCUCAGAGACGAUCCUCCUAGCUACGGUCCACUUAUCUAUUACGGUUUGCAACACUAUCUCUCACUUGCUGGCUCACUCAUCUUUAUACCUCUUGUCAUUGUACCAGCCAUGGAUGGUUCCGAUAAAGAUACAGCCGCAGUGAUUUCAACAAUGCUGCUUGUUACUGGAAUCACAACCAUACUUCACUGUUAUUUCGGCACUCGGCUUCCUUUAGUGCAAGGAAGCUCCUUUGUUUACUUGGCCCCGGCUUUGGUUGUCAUCAACUCAGAGGAGUUUAGGAACCUCACUGAGCAUAAAUUUCGGGAGAUAAUGAGAGAGCUACAAGGAGCUAUAAUCGUCGGUUCAUUGUUCCAGUGCAUUUUGGGAUCCACUGGUCUCAUGUCUCUCCUCCUUAGAUUUAUUAAUCCUGUUGUAGUAGCACCAACAGUAGCUGCAGUGGGAUUAGCAUUCUUUAGCUAUGGAUUUCCACAGGCCGGGACUUGUGUUGAGAUCAGCAUUCCUGUAAUAGUUAUGCUUCUCAUUUGCACAUUGUAUCUUCGUGGAGUUUCAAUCUUUGGUCAUCGCAUAUUCCGAAUUUAUGCGGUGCCGCUUAGUGCUCUGAUCGUCUGGACAUACGCAUUGUUUUUAACUGUUGGCGGUGCAUAUGACUAUAAAGGCUGCAACGCCGACAUACCAAGCUCUAACAUAUUAAUAAACGAAUGCAAGAAACACGCGUAUACCAUGAAGCAUUGCAGAACAGAUGCUUCCAACGCUUGGACAACUUCUCCUUGGCUCAGAAUCCCUUAUCCAUUUCAAUGGGGGUUUCCGUAUUUUCACAUGAGAACUUGUAUCGUUAUGAUCUUUGUGUCUUUAGUUGCAUCAGUGGAUUCAGUUGGAACAUAUCAUGCCACGUCCAUGUUAGUGAAUGCUAAGCGACCUACACGUGGUGUUGUGAGUAGAGGUGUUGCUUUAGAAGGCUUUUGCAGUUUAUUAGCUGGCAUAUGGGGUUCUGGUACCGGUUCAACCACGUUAACCGAAAAUAUCCAUACAAUCAAUAUCACCAAGGUGGCUAACCGAAGAGCUUUGGCAAUAGGAGCUUUAUUUUUAAUAUUUUUAUCAUUUGUGGGGAAAUUAGGUGCAAUUCUUGCUUCAAUACCACAGGCUUUGGCUGCUUCAGUGUUAUGCUUUAUAUGGGCACUUACAGUGGCUCUAGGUUUAUCGAAUCUCCGGUACACUCAAACAGCGAGUUUUAGGAACAUAACCAUAGUUGGGGUCUCACUGUUUCUUGGACUAUCCAUCCCUGCUUAUUUCCAGCAGUAUCAACCAUUAUCUACUCUGAUACUACCGAGCUAUUACUUGUCCUUUGGUGCCGCUUCAAGUGGACCAUUCCAAACGGGCAUCAUCCAAUUGGAUUUUGCGAUGAACGCUGUAAUGUCUUUGAAUAUGGUUGUAACGUUUCUACUGGCGUUCGUGUUGGACAACACUGUACCGGGUAGUAAGGAAGAGAGGGGAGUCUAUGUGUGGUCACGAGCUGAGGAUAUGGAGAUGGACCCUGCUAUGCAAGCUGAUUACUCGUUGCCAAGAAGAGUUUCUCAGUUUUUUGGUUGCAGAUGUUGCGACUAGAUGUUUUAAGAUCCAGUUUCCAUUUUUUUUUCCAAUACCUUAUAGAGAGACCCUCAUGUUCUUACUUAAUAUAUAGAAGAAAAGGUUCUGAUGAAAAAAAUAACACAAUACACAAGAAUAAUGAAUUUUCCUCAAAA